GAAUGAGCUUUAAUUUUUCGAGGGAACAGAUCACGAGAUCAUCGUUUUUAAUACGCUCGCUCGUGGCUCCAGGGAACCCAGUUGCACUCAAUUGACACCGAGUCACGGCACAGACUGACAGUGAUCAAGCCAUUUCAGAACAACAGCUUUACAUCUGAUUGGAUUACGAUUUUUUUAUGAGUCAACGUGUGUCAACAAAUACAGUCAGAGACUCCAGCUCCCUUUCUCAAGCAACAACAGGCUUUAUAAUAUUUAAUUAGAACCAUCGGCGCUUCUACAUAUUUAGUCGUUUUCCUAUUCUUAUUUUUUUACUACAACCAGAGCGCCAUUGCCCUCUUCACUGGCAUGAGCUUCUUACCUGGAGAUCUUCACACCCAGAAGCUACCUCCCUAUUUCUUUUCUUUCUCAUGUUUAUCUUCUUCUCAUCCCUUUAAAUUUGUACCCCACUUUGCUGUACUUCACUUCUAAACGUCUGUUUCAUUCUUUAAAUCUUUUUGCUGCAAUAUUGUCUCAGUAUCAUGUCGUCUUCAAGGACUUCAUCAUCUUCUUCUUAUUAUGAAAACUCGGAGCUAAGAAAGCAGUUUUCAUUAGAGCGUAGACCUCAAAUGCUUAAAGAUUUCCUUGUAGAUGAUUCGUAUUCAUGCUCUUCAGGCAGGAUCAAAUCAUUUCCCAGGCGAGUUGAAGAUUGCACUAUGCGAAAUCUCAUCCAAAUCGAUCUCAAUGCAGCGAGAAAUGAUCAUUCAUAUCCAAGCAACACGAAGAGAUUAUUAAGAAGCCGAUCGAAAGCAGCAGCCUCAAUGACAGUCUUCGUGUUUCAAGCCAUUAUUAACACCGUAAAAAACAUUCAAUUCAACGCUGUUAAGUCUCCUUCAAUUUUACCGAGAAGCCUUUCUCGCAGGUUGUCAAGAAAGCAUAACACACAACAAAACAAGAGAAGCGAGAACAAAGAAAGUGAAACCAAAAUGACUGUUAGAAUCAAAGAUAUCAUACGGUGGAAAUCAUUCCGGGACUUGGCGGAGGAACCAUCGGAUCUUGCUUACUCUCUUGAUCGUCAUCACCACUGCGCCACAACAGCAACAAAUGGAUCUACCAAUAGCUCUUGCAGUAACAGUAACUGGUCUAGUUGGUGUGACAGUGAUUUUACGGCGGAGGAUUUACCCUCUUGGGGAACCAACUCAGAAGAUUAUUUACCAGGUGUCGGUAGCGAUUGCAUGAAAGCGACAAAACAGGCCACGGCUAAUAUUGCGAUGGGGCCAAAGGAGUUAUUAUCUGAGGAGAAAGAACUGCAGAGCCCUGUUUCUGUACUUGACUUUCAAUUUGAAGAAGAUGAAUCCCUAUUAUCUUUCAAUCUAUGGCCUUUCAACCUGGAAGAAUGGAUGUCGAUGGACCAGAAUCAUGAUGGUUCUGAUGAAGAAAAAGAAGUAGAUAAUAUUGAAGAGAAGGCAAUGCUGCUACUGAAUCAUGUCAGAUGUACAAGUUCAAUGGAAGACAAUAUCGUGGAGCAACUAUUGUUUGAUUUCUUUGUAGAUGAAUUGUCUACAAAGAUUAUUCAAACCAGAAACAACGAGGUUGAUGGCGAGAUGAUUGUACAAGCAAGAAGAUGGAUUGAUGGGGAACACAGUUCUUCCAUUGAUUGGGAAGAAUAUGUUAGAGGAAUGGAUAAAAAAUUCGGGAAGUGGAACAAGUUUGAGGAGGAACAAGAAGAAAUGGCUUUCGAAAUUGAGAUUGGAAUGUUGAACCUUUUAGUGGACGAGGCAUUGGCUGAUCUCUUAGUACGCUAAAUGUAAAACAAGAGAGCCAAUUCAACUGGCCAUGCCGCCAUGGCGUGUACACAGUGGCACAACUAGUGCCAAAGUUGUAAACUCUGCCCAUGGCUCACGUAUUGAUUGAAAUUUCAGUGGGCUCACCUUGAACAGUCCAAGAAUUUAUUAUUGGCAUUUAGUAGAGAGAAGGAAGCUCGUGGCUAGCUACAUGGUCUUGUAGAUAGAGCUUAGAGAGCAUGCUGAAUUUUGUAGCAGAAUAACUACAGUAUUACUUUCUUUAUUGGAAAUUGACAUUUGCCUUUU